GAUGAUUUGGGUGGCAAAUUGAAGCGUAAGCUCUGCUGCGACUGUGCAAUACGAUGCGCGAUAUCCCGGGCUGCGGCAGAUCAUCAGAGAACCUCGGCGUCUUCGGCAUGACGGACUGGCCGGGUGGCCAACUGCGGACGUCCUCGAGACAUAUAUAAAGGCAGCCAUUUCCCUCAAUUCCCAUCUCUCAAAGUCAUUUUGACAAUUCCUUUCGCCACCCACUCUACCUUACUCCUCAUGAUCACCGACAACAACCACAGCAACAAUGCCGAUGUCGACGGCUUUGAGGUCGUUCCUCAGAAUGUCGACCAGGCUGCUGCUACCUUGAACAUUGCUAUCGAUGCCCAAACUGAAGCUGUCGCCACCGACGCUAUAGUUGAACAAACCGAGAAGCUCUCUAUCGCCACUCCUGAGCCUACUGCGGAGAAGCAAGACGUACCUCACCCUCGAGGCCACGGUCGCCACCCUCACGGUCACCAUGGCCCCCGAGGCCACAUGCGCCCUCCUUCUGGCUUCUCCCCUGCCGAGUUCGACGUCGAAAAGCCCGCUCGAUUCGAGGAUGGCGAAACUCAUCGUCCCCGUCCCGAAGGUCACGGUCGUCGCCACCACAGGCAUCACGGUCCUCCUCCCCACUUUUUCGAGUCUGACGGCGAGAAGCCUCCUCACCCUGAGGAUAAAGGCGACAAGUCUGACCGCUCUGACCGCCCCCGUCCCCGUCACCCGCGUCACCACCACCACCCUCGAGGCGGUAUGCCCCCUCCCGGCUUCGCUCCCUUCGACUUUGACUCGGACCGUCGUUCUCCUCCUCCUCCUCCUCCUCACCCUGGCAUGUUCCGACCUCCUCCUGGAUUCGACUUUGAGGGUUUCCCUUCCGAGUUCUUUGGGCGGGGCGAGCGUCAUGGUCGACGCCAUCACGAGCGUCGUGAGCGGGGUAUGAGGGGCGAGCCUGGUAUGGAGUCUGCUCCUGGUUCUGAAAUCCCCAGGGGCCACAAGCACCGACACCACCGUGCUCACUCUCCCGACGCCGACGAGUCCAAGUCCGACUUUGGCCCCGCGCGCCGUCACCACCACCGAGGCUUUGGUCCCCGCGGUCCUCACUGUGGUCCUGGCCACCACGGUCCUCGACCUCCUCACCCCCGCCACCCCAAGUCUGACAACGAAGAGGUCACCGAAAAGAAACCUCUUUCCGACGGCAACACUACUUCCGGUUCCGAGUCUGAGACUUCUUCCUCCGAGUCCGAGUCUGGCGAGCACUGCUGCUGCUCUCACCGUCCCCGCGGUGGUCCCCGACACGGCCCAGGCUUUGGCCGACCCCCUCCUCACAUGAUGGGCAUGGGCAUGGGCAUGUACGGCCCCCCUCCUCCCCACAUGUUCUUCGACGACUUCAGGCACUCUAGCAGGCGAGGCAUGCGCCCUCCCUCCCCUCCUCCCCACUUUUCGUUUACCGACAAGUACGACCGUCCUCGUAGGGUUAUGCCCACCCCUCCCCCCUUUGGCGAACACUUUGAGAUGAUGGGCGGACGUGAGCACAGGGGACCUCGACAUGCCGGCUUUGGCUUUGGUGGGAGAGGCAGUAGGGGCGAUGACGAGUACCGUCCUCGACCUCACCCUCAAGAGUUUGGCUUUGGCCCCCAAGGAAGCGAUGACGAGUACAGGCGCCCCAGCCGUAGGGGUUUGCCCCCUCCCCCUCCUCCUUUUGGAUUCAAGCAAGGUUUCGGCGGCAGGGGCGAUGAACGCAUGCACGGAAUGCCCCCUCCUCCUCCUUUCGAAUCUGACUUUAUCAACAGGGGUAUGUCUGCCCGAGGUCCCUUCUUUAGCCACAUGGGGAUGCCUACCCCUCCCCACGGCCCUCGCCACCACCGCCGACCUUCUUCCCCUCUUCGAUGGAUGAACGACUAUUCCGACUCUGAUUACGACGAUUACCCUUCCUCUGGUCAUGACGUUCGAGACCGCCGACAUCACCACCACGGCGAUCCUCGUGCCGACCGAGAGUUUUACGCAAGAGGGCCUGCUUUCUUUGUCCGUGCUUGAUCGACCUUCUGUCAAUGCUUUGUUUUGGAGUUUCGCAUAUAUACACGCAAGGUUUGUGCUUCGACAUCAACUUUCAUCUUUGACUCUUGAGUGAUGGUGGGAGACGUAGAGGUGGGUGGUUUUCGAGUUUGCGAAUGGUCUUGUCUUUAGCUUGGCAAAUAAAUGUAUAUACACGUAGUGUGAUCUUUCGUAGUUUCUUUUCGCUCUUUAUCUUGAUAUGAUGAAUAAAACUUUACAUUGGCA